GUGCGGGGGCGAGUUUCCGAAAUGUUUGAGCUGUGUCAAGGCCGACGUGCCGUGCAUCAUUGCCGACCCAACGGCGUCAAGAGAAUACACGAGAGCAGAGGUCCACCAUCUUCACCUGAAGCUCAGAGAGCUUCAUUCUCAAUUGAGGACCGCAGCUCCAGAUAAUAGGUUCAACAAGAGAAACGGCGUGCCUUCGCGGGGACGGGCCACUCAUCCUGUUGUUCCCGCUUCUGGCAAGACGGGUCGCUACGUUGGCCAGGAGAAUGGCGUCAGAUAGGCGGAUCAGACAAGGAAAAUGUUCGUCUACAUGUUCUCACACGCUCCUAGCUUUCUUCUGUCCAGGCUCCAGACCCUCUCGAAUCCGUCUCGGCCUCGCUCUCUACAGGGACGCGGAGACGAAUUCCCACCACAGCUCUCACGCUUCGAAUACCACUCGCCGCAUCCCUUUCCUUCUCACAGCAUUGCCCGAGAAGCUAUCGCAGAGUACUUUCGAGAGUUUCACGUCGCCCAUCCCAUUCUGGACCACAGCACGCUACUGGCAUGGCUCGAGCAGCAGCCAGCCAUGACGGCAAAAGCGCAAUCGUCCCUGACGGCUUCGGAGAAGAGAAGGCUGUUUCAGCUCAACAUGGCCAUGGGCAUUGGUAGUGUGCGGCUCUACCGCGACGGGCUCUUCAAGCUGCACCCGUUUGGCUUCUUCACGGCUGCCCUGGAAAUCGACCCCCCCGCUGCCUCCUGCUUCAACGACGCGGAGGGCAUUGAAAACGUGCUUCUCAUUGCUCGCUUUGGAGUCUAUUAUAAUAUUGGAUGCUCGUUGUGGGAGCUUGGACGCCUUUGCAUCCGCACCGCUGUCGAGCUGGGUCUUCAUCAACAGCGCCCCGGUAAAGACCCGUCGACCUCGGAAGAAUCAGAGAGGCACCACAAGAUCAUGUGGGAGACCUACCUCUUGGAUCGUCUAUCCUCCUUGACGCUAGGUCGACCAUUCGCCAUCAACGACGCCCACAUCCAGGCGCCACUACCCACGUCUCUCCCCACGCCUCAAGGGGCAUCCAUGUCCGUGUUCAACUGGCUUGUCGACAUGGGACGCUUGUCCUCGCGAAUUCACCUCGCCAUGGAUGAGUGCAAGGCAGCCUCUAGCUUACCGCUGCGUGCCUCCAGAUCGCCUGCUCUCGACAGCGCAGCCGAUCUGGGGCAGACCUUUUGUCUCCUUCGCACGUUUCACGCCGAGUUGAGGACGCUGCGCGACCUUGCCCCUUUUGUUGAGGGCACCACGUGCCUCUACGAAGCGCGCGAGUUCUUCGAACUAACGUAUCAGGAGGAAAGGCUUCGUCUCCUCAGAGCUGCCAUUGAAGCCUUGGCCUCCAGCAAGAGACUGCCGCCGAACACUCUUCUUCGCCCGUGUUUGCAGGCGGCGCACGCGAUCCUCAGCUCCUUCGCCGCGUUACGUGCCAAGAAUCUCGUCACGUUCUCCCGGGCUAACACGCAUCUCAUCUUCAUCGCCAGUCUAGUCAUCGUGGUGGUGCUCAAUAUCCACAUCCACCAGCAGGCAGAGGCGCAGAAGGCGACGGCGGUGGUCUCAGACGUUGAUGUGGAAGAGUGGCUCAGGGACCUUGACGAAGAGCCACUGGAUCCUGGCUCACAUGAGGCUUGGGGUUCCCUUGACACGGCGGGAUCCCUCCUCUCCUGGUUUGCCGAGUCCAUGCUCGACAUGGCCGUGUACAGCCAUUUCUUUCAUACUAUCCGGCAGCAGCUGGAGUGCGCAAUAGCUCGGCUUGCCAAUACCGGGCCAACAACGGCCGCUACUACAUCAGGUGCCGAGGCAAUGGAUGCAACGCCCUCGUGGAUACCUGUUGAUCUUUCGGUCUCCCACAACGCUGCUCCCCAAGAAGGUGGUGAGGUGACAUGGGCUCAAGAGGGCAACGAUGCGUUCAACUGGGACACGCAGCUCAAUUUUGCCGAGGCCUACCUCAACGCAGGGCAGUACGGCGACAUGGCGCCAGGGACGUGGCCGCUUGCCGACAUGAUGGGCAUGGAGGGCAUCGCCGCAGGCAUAUCCGGAUUCGUUUGGGACACGGCGAUCCCAUGGCAAGGAUCACCGACAGCCUCUAUGGAUCACUGAGGUGGGUUUACUUGUAC